AACGGGAAGAGGCAGACCACGCCCUACGCACCACAGUAAACCCAGCGCAAGACGGGCGAAACACUGCUUACCUCACUGUCCUUAGCAGUCUCACCUUCAGCCGGCCUGACCGACAUCCCGUCAUUCGACAACGACAACACAUAAGAAAAACAUCAAAGACUACUUCAACCUUUUAAGAUUUAACCAGAAGAGGAAUAUGGCAGUAGUCUAUGGUCUAUUCUUAUAAUGAUGUAACCUAUUGAGAUUUUAAUUUGAAUUUAAAUGCGUAGCCUAUUUUUGCUGCGACAUGUUGGAAGCAUCUUUUCUGGUAUCUAAAUUGUAAUAAAUCCGUUGUUUACUGUUAACCUACAACUCGAGGUUGUACGGUUUUCAACCUUGAAGAUAUAAGGACGUAUCUGUUUGCUUUUACCAGGUCUGUCAAUACUUAUCUUAACGGUCGACUGGGCCCGCACAUUGUUAUCAUUCUCGAUUCUUGAUUCUCGGCUAGUUUAUUCAGACACCAUCCAUUGAAUUUGCGCAAUGGCGGAUGCAACCUCUGAAUGUAAUAUCAAGGUGUUGUGUCGCUUUCGCCCCCUGAAUCAAUCGGAGAUUCUGCGUGGGGAUCAAUGUAUCCCUACAUUUAAAGGAGAUGACACUGUUGUGGUUGGGGGGAAGUCCUAUGUGUUCGACCGGGUGUUUCCGACCAAUACCACUCAGGAGCAGGUCUACAAUACCUGUGCUAAGCAGAUUGUCAAGGAUGUGCUUGGUGGAUACAACGGCACAAUCUUCGCAUAUGGACAGACUUCCUCUGGCAAGACUCAUACUAUGGAGGGGAAGCUGCAUGACCCCAAUCAGAUGGGCAUCAUCCCCAGGAUUGCAGAGGACAUCUUCAGCCAUAUCUUUAGCAUGGAUGAGAACCUGGAGUUCCACAUCAAGGUUUCAUAUUUUGAAGUCUACAUGGACAAAAUCCGUGAUCUUCUAGAUGUGACCAAGACUAACCUGGCCGUUCACGAGGAUAAGAACAAAAUUCCAUAUGUGAAGGGUUGCACCGAGCGCUUUGUGUCCAGCCCAGAUGAGGUCAUGGACGUCAUUGACGAGGGCAAGAACAACCGGCAUGUUGCUGUGACUAACAUGAACGAGCACAGCUCUCGCAGCCACAGCAUCUUCCUGAUCAACAUCAAGCAGGAGCAUGUGGAGACAGAGCAGAAGCUGUGUGGGAAACUGUACCUGGUGGACUUGGCUGGUAGUGAGAAGGUCAGCAAAACUGGUGCUGCGGGUGCCGUACUUGAUGAGGCCAAGAACAUCAACAAGUCUCUGUCUGCCCUGGGCAACGUGAUUUCAGCUCUGGCAGAAGGAACGAAAACCCAUGUGCCAUACCGUGACAGCAAGAUGACCCGGAUUCUACAGGACUCCCUGGGGGGAAACUGCCGCACCACCAUGUUCAUCUGCUGCUCCCCCUCCAGUUUCAACGACGCCGAGACCAAGUCCACCCUGAUGUUUGGACAACGUGCUAAGACCAUCAGGAACACAGCCUCUGUCAACCUGGAGCUGACAGCCGAUCAGUGGAAGAGGAAGUACGAGAAGGAGAAGGAGAAGAACAAGAUCAUGAAGGAGACUAUCCAAAGGCUGGAGGCUGAGCUGAACCGCUGGAGGAACGGUCUCCACUCUCCUCCAGGGGAGAAUGUUCCGGAGACAGAAAGGACCACUGCUGACGUGGUGCCCCUGGAGUUUGUGGAGGACCGUAGCCCCACUAUUAUCCUGGACAAUGACACCUCCUCCAUCGUGGUGCGCAUCUCUGAGGAGGAGCGCCAAAAGUAUGAGGAGGAGAUCCGCAAGCUCUACAAGCAGCUGGAUGACAAGGAUGAUGAGAUCAACCUGCAGUGCCAGUUGGUUGAGAAACUGAAGGAGCAGAUGUUGGAUCAGGAUGAGUUGCUGGCAUCUUCUCGCGGGGAUGGGGACAAGGUGCAGGCGGAGCUGGGCCGGCUACAGGUGGAAAGCAACUGCGCCAAGACUGAAGUGAAGGAAGUUCUCCAGGCCCUUGAGGAGCUUGCCAUUAAUUACGACCAGAAGAGCCAGGAGGUGGAGGAAAAGGGCCUGCAGAACCAGCUGCUGGCUGACCAGUUGGCCCAGAAGAUGGCCAGUCUGAUGGAGUUGGAGGCGGAGUUAUCCCACAUGCAGGAAGUGAGCGGUCAGCAAAGGAAGCGCAUCGCUGACGUUCUCAACGGCCUGAUGAGGGACCUGAGCGAGUUCAGCACCAUCGUGGGCAACGGGGAGAUCAAGCUGCCGGUGGAGAUCAGCGGGGCGAUCGAGGAGGAGUUCACGGUGGCCCGUCUCUACAUCAGCAAGAUCAAGUCGGAGGUCAAGUCCAUGGUGAAGCGCUGCCGCCAGCUGGAGAACCUGCAACUGGAGUGUCAUCGCAAGAUGGAGGAGACGGGCCGCGAGCUGUCCUCCUGCCAGCUCCUCAUCUCCCAGCACGAGGCGAAGAUCCGCUCUCUGACGGAGUACAUGCAGAGCGUGGAGCAGAAGAAGAGGAUGCUGGAGGAGAGUCACGACUCCCUCAGCGAGGAGCUGGCCAGGCUGCAGGAGCCAGAUAACUCUCUGGUCGAGGAGAAGGACAGCGAGAAGGUCGAGACCGAGGAGGUCAACGGCAAGAAGGUCCCCACGCAGCAGGGUGACGCUCACCGCGGUCACUAUCACAAGCAGAUGGCCCGCCUGCGGGACGAGAUCAACGAGAAGCAGAGGAUCAUCGAUGACCUCACAGAUCAAAACCAGAAGCUGCAGAUUGAGUUGGCUCAGGUGCUCGCCGACUUUGACCGCCUGAAGAGCGUGGACAACAGCAAGAGCGAGCGGCUGGAGGAGCUGUCAUUCCUGCAUGAGCGCCAUGAGCAAACUAAGCAGGACCUGAAAGGGCUGGAGGAGACUGUCGCCCGGGAGCUCCAGACCCUCCACAACCUACGCAAGCUGUUCGUUCAAGACCUCACGUCGCGGGUUAAAAAAAGUUCCGAAAUGGAGCCUGAUGAUAGCGGGGGGUCUUGCACCCAGAAACAGAAGAUUUCCUUUCUUGAGAAUAACCUGGACCAGCUUACAAAGGUUCACAAACAGCUGGUUCGUGACAAUGCAGAUCUGCGUUGUGAGCUUCCAAAGCUGGAGAAGCGUCUUCGGUCUACUGCUGAGAGAGUUAAGGCCCUGGAGACGGCACUAAGGGACGCCAAGGAGGGCGCCAUGAUCGACAGGCGUCGUUACCAGCAGGAGGUGGACCGCAUCAAAGAUGCCAUGAGGACCAAGAACGCUCUGAGGCGCCCUCAUGCUGCACAGAUCGCUAAACCAGUACGACCGAAGCAGCUGCCAGUUUGCUCUCCUACCAACCCGUUCUACACCCGCGUCAGUGAGCCAGCCAACACCUACAGUAAUGUUCUGUUCCAGAGGUCCAUCACAGAACAGACCGCAUCACCUCAUUCUCAACUCAGCUCCGUCCAGGCCAACACAGUGUCUACAGCGCUGGGAUUAAGAGCAGUCCAACCCACAGAUAUACUGGAGUCCUAUCCACUCAACAUGGACAGGGAUAACGGAAACACAGUAGACAUCAACGACAACAGGAGCGAUGUGCACUGCAGCAGUGAGGUGGACGACCCAGGCAGACUGUACAUCAUUCAGCAGGAGACCGCUGCAAGUUAAUGACAUGAUGACCAAACACUGUAUUCAGGACAUGUCCCAUAUAUCUGCAUGCAGCCAUCUAGCUUCCCUCCCCCACUGCCUCCAUACACGGCCACUGACAUCCUCCUGUAACCCCAGUCCUACAGUAUAACUCAGCCCCUCACCGCCGCUCCUGUGUUUAGGUCUCAUAGUAGUGUGUUCUCCUGUAUGGGUAUUGACCAGCACUGUAUCGAUGUGUGUACUGGCCCACUUCACUCGACAGUGGCAUCAUAAUGCUAACCUAUAGCGCCGUCAUAGCCACGCCUAGCACCUCUUCUAUUAGACGUGAUGCUAGCUUACCGCGAAGGAUCUCGCUCUGCAUGUCGCCCAGCUGGUCAGUUAGCCGACCCGAAUAUGUUGCAUGUUCCCCGACUGCGUUAAUUCAGUUAGCAACGAAAUGGCGUAAACUACACCGUAGGUUUUGACAGGUGUCGCGUAGAGUUUAUGAUGCUGUUCUAUUAGCUGUAUGAUGUCAUUGUCCAGUCAGUAAUGAGGCGUGUGUAACUCAGCCAUGCUCUAUGUCCGAUAGAGUCUAACCCAGCCUUAAAUGAUAAUAACAGCUGAUCUCACGUGAUCAUAACAUGGAGUCGUGUGUGUACAUGUAGAAAGAUGUGUGUUUACUACCUCUAGAUCUACUGAUACUGAAACUUAGCAACGUAUAUCUUUAUUUCCAAACAAAUUCCAACGUGAUGUAAUUUUGGUAGAUUGAAAGGCAGUAAAGGUAGCUGUUAUGCUGUCCGGUUUGCAGAUUUGUUUGUACCAAGAGUCAUCCCCUAACUUGACAUCAUAAAAUAUUAAGGUUGUUAGGCUGUUGAAAAUAUACUCACAUCUUAUUUCAAAUAGUGGCCCCUCUACCAGCUCUAUAAAUUCAAAAUCACCGUAAACAUUUUCUCAAACUCUCUAAAAGUAGUAACAUAUCACAAAAACCCACCUGAACAUGUUUUCGAACGGUUCAGCUGAGGUCCUACCAUUAUGGGCUUUGUAAGCAUUUUCUUUCGUAGGAACAGUGAAAUGUUAGGAACAGCAGCUGACCAAUCACAGCUUCAUUUGAUUCUCCCAUUGCCCUGCUGAUUUCUCAGUCAGAAUCCUGAUCAGCCAAUCAGGACGUAGAAACCAGCAGCUUAUGGAGCUGUGUGGGGAGAUGUUGGUCUUAUGAUCAGUGCUGUGUAGACAGACUGUAGUUGGUCUGUAGUUUUGUGUCAAUUUCAGGUUUAUCUCGCGGACCCCUUGAUCCACUUCUUGCCUAAACUACAGCCUCUCAGGAUAUCUAAUUAAUAAGAGUGUGUAGUGAGCCCAACUAUGUCUUCCUUACCUUUUUAACAAGAAAAUACUAAUUUCUGAAGUAAAUUUUAAGAUUGUCACUUUAGAACUCAUAACAUAUUCCACUUAAAGAGAGGAAAGACUGCAUUUUUUUCAAACCAGGCCCUGAACAUUUUAAAAAUUCCUUUUUGGAUGGAACAAGUUUGAGAAAUGUUCCUAAAGUGUGAACACAUCAUUAAGUCUGAAUUUAGCAUAACUAAAAUAUGUAAUAAUAUUGUUAAAUUUGUAAGUAUAACAGGAUAUCAUCAUGUGGUUAUAUGAAGAUAAAGAAUAUGCACAUAAUAUGACUUUGUUAGGGAACCUUAUGCUUUACAGUAUGUAUUUAUUUCUGUAGCCCUAUAUGCUCAUUAUGUGAUUCAUUGUGCGACAUGCUUAUUUCUGUAUUCUCAUUAAAAUAUGUGAGUCAUUGUGUUGUAGUAGGCAGAAACAAACAGAUCACAAAUAAGUUAAUUAAAGACAAUCAUGUCCAAAGAAC